AUGCGCCUCGACGCCCAGUUUCCCGACAAGAUUCGGGUCAUCCCAAACCCCGGCCAAAUCCCGUCUUGUUCGAUGGAGGCUACUAGCGAAGGCUUCAAGAACGGUCACCGCGAGCACUCGACCAUGUUCCGCCCACCCGUGAACCGCGCCAUGCGCACCCUCGACCGCGCAUUCUUCCGCAAAACCGUGUCGAUCUCCGCCGCCAAGAUCUUCCAGCCCUCUGACAUCUCGCGAGUGCGCAAGGAGCUGACAAAGAGCCUUGAUUUGCUGCUCGUGCCGCGGCUCAAUUGUGUGCGCAAUGUGACGGAUCAGGAUGGGGUGGAUCGCAAGGCACUUUUGCUGCGGGAGACUCUUAAGCAUGAUGAUAAGGCGACGUGGUCCCCAACUAUUACGGAGCUUGUUGAGAAGGGCACUGUGUCCCUGGGACCUCAUGAGUUGGCGUUGGACUAUGACUAUUGGACCUAUGCCGACAUCAUUUCUUCGAUAUUGCCCGAGGAGGACAUGCAGGAGGUUCCCCAAGGAUUCACGCAGGUGGGGCAUGUCUUGCAUCUGAAUCUCCGCGAGCAGUUCUUCCCCUACAAACAUCUGAUUGCGGAGAUCCUCAAAGACAAGAACCCAACCAUCCGCACUGUCAUCAAUAAGAUCGAAGAUGUCGGGUCCCAUAGUCAAUUCCGCACAUUCCCAUUUGAAUUGCUGGCUGGCGACAACGACCUGAAUGUGAUCCAGCACGAGCAAAAUUGCGAGUUCCGCUUCGAUUACUCCCGCGUCUACUGGAACAGCCGUCUGGAGACCGAGCAUCGCCGCCUCGUAGAGAAAUUCCAUGCCGGCCAGAUGGUCUGCGACGUGAUGGCCGGCGUGGGCCCAUUCGCGGUGCCUGCGGGCCGCAAGAAGAUCUUCGUGUGGGCCAACGACCUCAACCCGUAUGGGUACGAGGUGAUGCAGGACGCUGUUUCGCGCAACCGGGUCCAAGACUUUGUCACGCCGUUCAACCAAGAUGGCCGGGAAUUUAUCCGUUCGUCGGCGACGGACCUUCUGAAUGCGCCGCCUGUCACUGUCACCGUCCAGCCCAGGCAACGCAAGGAUAAGAAGAGCAAAGAUAAAGGAGCCCAGGGGCAGGAGGCGUUACCACCAGUCCAGAAAUACACCCGCCCCUCGGUUGUGGACCACUACGUGAUGAACCUUCCCGCCACCGCUAUCGAGUUCCUCGACGCCUUUUCAGGGCUGUAUACUGGCAAGGAAUCUCUCUUUUCACCCCAUACUUCACAGCAACUUCCCAUGAUCCAUGUCUACUGCUUUUCUGGCCACUCAGAGAACGAGCUCGAUGAUCAUGUUGAUGUCUGCCAGCGCAUCUCAGAGCGCAUUGGGUACACCAUCACUCCGGAGGACCGGGUUGGGGGUUCUGGCAACCAGGAGGUGGAGCUUGCCAUCCAUAAUGUCAGACUGGUCAGUCCCAAGAAGCAGAUGUUCUGUGCCAGUUUCCGGCUGCCGCGGGAGGUGGCUUUCCGGGCGUAG